AUGACCUCAUGUUGUCUCCAGUCUACUCCAUAUAAGCAAGGUUGCGGCCAAAGUAGGCAUAUCGAAAACACCUGUAUACCAGCCAGUCGGUCCGUAAAAGAUAUCCAGACCAUCGUCAAGCCCAACAAGAAACGAAACACUGUUGUUUCUCUUCCCAGACAUAUGCACAUUUCUCACCUAAUAUUGCUACUUAUAGUGGCAUGGAAGCUUUUCUGGUGGGUGGUGUAUGGCCUCUUCGGAGUUCACCUUGGAUACAUCACCAUCAACAACGGCUUCCUGUUCAACUCCAUCGAGUGGUCCACCAGAAGGUUCCGCAUCACUGCCAGGUCCGUCCGCCUUCGAUUAUGGGGAAAUUCGAAAAAAUGCAUCAUCACGAACCUAGAUGUGGUUCUACAUAACCAUCAUUCCAAGAAACAAAGACAUUCUUCGACUAGCGAGUCUCCGUCCUCUUUGUCUAUAUAUCCCAAAAACUGGGCUGGGAAGCUACUUUUCCGCUGGGUGGCCAAGAUGUUUCCGACAAUCGACUUGGACGUGCGGACACUCACGUUGAAUCAUCAGAAAGCAACUUUGGACAUAGACUCAUUCAGGGUCCAGGUGGAGAAGCGCAACACCACUCACGAAAAAUCUGCUUAUUACUAUUCGUGUCUAUUGGCAAUCAAACAAUUGGAAGGUGUGGCCUCGGUGCUGACCACACGACUUCCAUUUUCAUUAGGCCAGUUCUCAGUGCUGACCAGCCUAUCUAUCCAGACUAAAACUGGCCAGCUUGGUGACAUAUCCUGUCAAAUUCAUUUGGACAGUCUGAAGGUGGAUGUUUUUGGACUCAUAAAGCUGCUUUUAGCUCUGAGUCCUCGUAAGAAACAGCAUCACCAUUCAAUCUCCGACAUUGAAGGUCAACUCGAGUCGCUCACCAAUUUCCACAACGAAUUCUUCACGAGCUUCCUGGAGUUUUCUAUCACUGUUGCAAAUUCAGAAGUUGAUGGAAUUCCCCUCUUUUCUGCUUCUGACGAAUGCAGUUUGACAGAAUUUCUCGAGAAAGACAAACCAGAUUCGUCCUUGAGACUUUCUGUCAAUUCCGUUUCUUGCAACUUGGCCAGAGUAGAAGGCAACGCCGCGGGUUUCGAUGUUCUCUUUGACAACUCGAAUGAUCAUCCUUUUGAGCUCACAAGCUCUGCUCUGUUGUUGAAGUUAAGCUUUGUCACAAGACACUUCCAUCACGAAUCUGAACUGACAGUUACUGACGUGGACGAGUUCUUUAAUUUCCCCAAUUGCACAUUUACGUUCAAGUCCAAUGUUACGGAUAAUUUGGCUAGGGGAAACGGCUUCAAAAACUGCGUCAUGGAGUUAUUUCUGACGGGUAGUAGCCCUAUGCUCGAUGUGGAUGUUGACCAAUUUGCCCUUUUGGCAUACAACUACGUCGUGGUUAAGAAAAUCAUGAAACUUCGCAAAAUUAAACAGUCUCAACCUGAGGCAUUUACAACUCAUCUGGACCCAGAAUUGUCGGGUUCUGAGACUGACGAUGAUACGAGGAUUGCAGAUUCUAUUCCAGGAACUCCGGAUACUCGCCAACCAGAGGGUAAAGUCACUCGUUUUGCUCAAAUUAUCGAUAGAUCUGUUGCUCUUCUCAACGAGUUCUAUCCCAAAAUCGAUUUCAAAUUCACAGUCGAACAGCCUAGAGCUGUACUCCGCAACCGAAUUGACAAGACCACCCAAAUUCUCAUGCUUUCUUUUGCUACGUUUUCAUUCCACGCUUUGAGUACAGAAUUGGAUGAUUAUGUUGGCAAGAUUCACUUUUUGCACCCAUGCAUGACCUUCAGUGAACGAUACGAGACCGCCAAUGGGAACCGCCACUACCAAGAGGAGUUCUUCGGUCUCUCUCAUAUGAGGCUGAAGAUUGAAGUCAUGAAAAAUCUCAAGUUUAAAGUUGCAUUGGGAGUCUCCGGUGGUUUCAUCAGUUUAGCCAAACCAGAUGUUCUCAACGGUAUCAAUUCCCUCAUCAAGAUAUGCACGAAGGUAGUCAACCACCAGAUGAAGAACGGCUUAAUCAAUAUUCAUUAUGACGCUGAAAUUGUCAGAGAGCGUGACUUCAAUCCUUUGCGUUCCAGAAAUCGUAAGCAAAAUAUGGAGGACAUAACCAUGGAUUCUGUAUUUUCAGCAUUACCUGAUUGGUUCGUUGAGUUGGAGCUUCACGCUUCGAACAUGAAUGUCAAACUUGGAUCUGCCUCUCCACUCCUUCCUCCAGACCUUAUAUCCAAACUCUCAGAGUCUAAGGAUAGGAGAGUAAAUGAUACGAAAAAUGCUUUGAAUUUCUCGAUUGAUGAGUUCAAGUGGAAUUUACUGAGCGCAAAUGCUAAUGAAACCUCAUCAACACCGUCAAAUGCUUCUCUGGAUACCUUAAGCGGAGAGAAAAGUAAGCAAACAUUCUGGAAAGUUCUUACAUCGGCCAGAGAUGUUUCAUUGUGCCUCAUUGAGAACGGAAAUAAGUCAUCACCAGUUUUGAAUUUCCCAUCCAUUUACAGCUCACUCUCGGCUGCUAUAGUUGACAACAAACCCAAAGUCAUCCUUGACUUUGAUAUCGAUGAGAUACUGGGCUUGAUUGAUAGGCAUAGAAUAUUCGCCAUGAUAGGACUGAUUUACCUAUUAAAAGUGACAAUCAUUGAGCCAUUGCAGAUUUUGAAGGAGAAAAUCAAACGAAGCACUGCAACCCUACGUCUGCAAGAGGACGAACGCAAAGAAGCAUCGAUGCAGCAGUAUUUGCUUUUUGAUUUCAGCGUUCAACGAUUUAAUUACGUUGCAGCUCUAUCAAACGAUUUCAAGAUUCGUUUACAACUUUAUUCAUUUGCUACUGAGAUUUCCCAAGGAGUUAUCAAUGUCACAAACGGCUUUGCUAGGUUAUUGGCUGACUCUCCUAUUAUAAAUGGGUACUGGAACAGAAUGAUUUGCUUGGACUCGUUGAAUGUUAAGAUCAAUGAUCCUAGUGAAUCUCACAAGAUAGUCUUCUACACUCCUUCCUUGAGAAUCAUUCAACCUCACAGAUUUGUUGUCUAUAAGCUCUUUGACAAUCUUGGUGUCUUCAUCAAAGUUGCCAAGCAUCUCGUCAUGUUGUUGAAGUCAGAGAAGAAGAAUGAUAUCGUAUUUCCAAAGGAAUCUCCUCCUUUGAAAAUACCGCACAUGAGAGUGAGAGCUGCGAAGUUGAUGUACACCGUCGAAGAUGACCCAUUCGAAGCCGAUUUGAAUAUGAUUUAUCAAUUGGGUCUCGUUGAACAACGAAAGCGGUUGGAAAUCAUGGACUUAUUUGAAGAAAGGUGUAGCAAUGUCAACUUUGAAGACGACGAUUAUCAGGAAAAGCUUACCAUUGCUCAAAAGACCAUCGAAACGCUGUGGAUUCGUAAAGUCAAAGUUUACAAAUCAAAGCUAGCAGAAGAGAUUAUUAACAAUAAGGAGUUUCUUUUUGGUGCUGAGCUCAAGAUUCCAGAAGGUGAAAACCAAAGAGUUUCGGCUUACUACAAACAUGCUCCUUUAUUGCGAACAGUCAUGACCGGUUUUGACUUGGACUUAUCAUCUCCUCAUUUUAGCUUGGAGAAACUUCCGGACUUCAUCUAUGAUUAUGGGCAAAAAGUUCCUAAGGAUACUCGAUAUAAUAUGAUCAUUCCAACACAUGUUAACUUGACUCUUGAUGAGAUGAGAAUGCACAUGAGAGACUACCCUCUUCCGCUUUUAUACUUGCCAAAAUCAAAUGAUCAUAAGGGCAAAGGCAAAGCAUUAGUAAUGAAGGGUCAUUUGAUCAUUAGUGAAGCUUUGGUGCAAGACAAGGAACACCUUCGAAGACUUGAGGUUCCGCUAUCGAAUGUCUCCGAUAACACUGGGUCUAAGAACACUUAUGACAAACUUGUCAUUGAAAAGUCUAUGUCCACAGUGAAGCUCUACACCAAUCUAGAUAUUCUCUUUGAUUCAAAAGCAGCCGCAAGGUUUGUAUGGGGCCAAAGUUACCAAUUUGCUAUCCAGCAAAUUAUGUUGAAUUGGGACCAAUUCUCAAAACCACCUGUUGACCCAUCUAGAAAACUUGGAUUUUGGGACAAAAUGCGUCUUGUUCUCCAUGGAAAGUGCAAGAUGAAAACAGGAAAACACUCAAGCAUCGAAGUUGCCAUCAAAGGCGGAAGAGACCCUUAUGAUUUAUUCAACACUUCAUCCGGUUUCGUCCUUGCGUUUGAGGACCACGUUCAGUGGAAUACUAAUGAGGAUGAGAAUUCAUUGAAUUUUUUUAACAUCCUGUCACGGAAAGUGUCGUGGUAUAUUCCUAAUUACAUGAAUGGGCCACUUGUAUGUUGGUGCCGUGAGAGCUCCAAGCCUACGCUUUUCUCAGCGAAUGACAAAAUGAUCACAUCUUGCCAUGCCUAUUAUUUAGAUGGGCCCCAAGUUUCACCGGCAGACAUGAUAAAUAUGGAUACUAGCGUCAUGGAGAAGGGUGUUGUUGAAUUAAGUGGUGGUGUGAAUUUCGUCGUUGGAUUCCUAUUGCAAAGAUUAGUUCUGGAUGACGAAGUUACAGAGAAAGGUAAACCUCACUGGGAAAUUGAGUUGUGCAAUCCGGAAUACACCAAGGAGGGGCAUGAUAGUUACAAGGGUUUUAGAAGUGACCGUCUCCACAUGGCUAUUUCACUUGUUGCCAACUCGGAGUCCAGUUAUAAUACCAUCCAUUUAUCUCGAGGAGCUUUCAACCAAUUUUUUGCUUGGUGGACUUUGUUUCAUGGGAAUAUGAUGCUUCCUGUCAGAAAGGGAAAGAUAUUCCUGGAAGCAAAGGAAACUACUAAAUUUUCAGAGCACUUGUAUACUAUCAAGUAUUUGUUCAAUCUUAAGAAUCUAUUCUUGAGUCAUAUACAAACAGGCCAGGAACUUGACGAUAGUGAAGAAUUUUCGGAAUCUGUCGGACUCAGAGCCAAGAUUGAUAGUUUCUUGGUCGAUUUACACCAAAGAAAGGAACCACGAAUUGACGAACAUGAGGACUUAAGUCGGCAAAAAAAGAUUCUCAAGAUGAAUUUCAACCGCGGAGAGGUUUCCUUGACCAAAAUUGACUUGCGUACCAUUCUCACCAAGUUCAAGAAGAACUUGUAUAAUCUGAAUGAUUCUGGAUUCGAUGAAAAGUGCAAGUUCACCAUUUUUGACAACGAUUACCAGUGGUUUGAUAGUCAUGAUUUUGAUGAUGCUUUUGCUCCUACUUCUAAAGGAGUGAAGACGAAGGUUGAGGUGCUUCCUUUGAUGUACUCGGAGAAAUUUUCAUAUAUUCGAGAUACUUCCAGCAACAGUGAAGAUGUUGAUUGGGGUCAUGAGAAGACACACGAUUGCACGUUGAAUCAAACUGAUAUCUUCUCCACUCAAAUAGGGAUUUUCCGUAAGCGUCUAGCUGAUUUAGAGGAUGGACUCCACAGAUCUGAGACCAAUAAGACUGAGAGCUCAGUCAUAUCUCAAAGAAUUGAUACAUUGAACAAGAACAUUAAGAUCAGUGAGUCUCAACGAAAACGUUUGGGUCGAAAAGAUAGUAUAGCGACUGUGAGCACAUACCGAGAGCAUUUCCAGAACAGGUUUGUUCUUAUUUCAAUGUUCUUAAAAUGGAAUGAGAAGGUUCGGAACUUGUUCAUGAAGUACAUUCAUUUUGUUCAACUCAACGGCAACUUGAAAAAAUACCUUUCGUAUGAAUUCAUGUCCAUGCUUGAGAAGCUCGUUAAGAACAAUGAUACGAGAGAAGAUGAUUUACUGUCAUUGAGUUCAUCGGUCUCAGGAACACACCGUUCCCUUGAGCAGCUUAAGGGCCAACUUAAUAAGUUUCAAUCUUCGCAAGAGCGUCUUGACAAUUUCGAUGAGAUCAUUCGGUCUGUUAAUGAAUCCGAGAUGUUCAAAGAAGACUUCAAAGUCGAAAUUGUAUCUCCGCAGAUCCAGUUAGGAUCUGAAAUGGAGAAGAAUUCUGUUGUCCUCAUUACUGCUCCUAUUUUGGAAGCAAAGAUUCUCUCGAUUAUCAAUAAGGAGAACAACUUGUCGGUAAGUCCAAAGGAGCUCGAAGAUAGGUAUGGUUUCCUCUUGCACGAUGCAUGCGUGAUGGUUUUGGACAAACAGGGCUUGCAAUCUCGAGACGCUUUGCUCGAAAAACAUCCCUACGGAACCACGAGCAACUGGCCACCAUUCUUGGGCAUUGAGGUGUGUAAAGAUAAUACUCUUGCACCAGCGAAGGACAUUCUCAUAGAGAGAAUGUCACUCAUGAUCACCUAUGAUCAAGUAAAGGCUCUGGGGUCUAAAAUUGAUCAGAUUGAGGGAAACCCUGACACUUCAUCCCGAGUGGACGACGAGGAAAAUGGUGAUGACAAUGUGAACAGAUUUAGGGUUGAUUGUCCUGAUCUAACGAUUCACUGCACGUCAAAGCAAUAUUUUACACUUUAUGUAACACUGUUGAGCUUAUUGCUUUAUUCGGAGCCAAUGAGCGUUCAUUUGAGAGACAAACUCUCCAAGUUGAAGUUCUCUAUCAAUUUCCAGGACUUUUCGGCAAUGCAUGGUCAUUUACUUGGACUCCGCAGGUACUUGGAGGGUACCAGAAAGGUUUUGAACAACUACAACUUCCGUCAAACUUCCAAUAUGGACAACGAGACUCUCAAUGAAUAUUUACUUUUGCAUUCCGAGGAGCAGAACAUCAGCACUGAAAUUGUAUUAAUAUUGCAAACAUUAUUCAGUGGAGAUGUGUUUACAGAUUCUUCGGCUCAAGCCAUGGAAGAAUGGCGAAUUGCUGCAGAUUGUAUUGUGCUCCACAUGCUCACUGAUAAAAGAGAACCUAUCCUCGAUUUGAAGAUUGACAGAGGAGUGUGCAAGCGAAUCAUCAAAGAGGAUGGUUCAAACGAUAACCGAAUCGAGAUUAAGAAUAUCGAGGGUAUCAACAAACUUAAAAAUGCCUACUACGACAAAUUCCUUGAGACAAUUUCUCCAAAAGAUGAGGAUUCGAUUGCUGUACAGUGGUCUAUGAAUAGACCUGUUGGUGGGAUUCGGAUCAUGGAGAGCUUUGAAAUCAGUUCAGAGCCACUCGAUGUGAAAAUUGAUGAGGAAACUGGACGGUCAUUGAUGAAGUUCAUCUUCCAUACUGAUGAAGAUAAUGGACUGUUGGUGGAUGUGUCUGCGAUGAAGGAGGUUGAGGAAGCUGUCAGAGAGCGAGAUGAAAUUGAUGGAAAUGUGGACGAAAGUGAACAUGAAGAUCGAAGUGAUUCUGACAAGGAUUCGAACAAGGAGGGAUUGGAGAAUUCUGAAUUAGAUGUGCCGAGACAAGGAAGAAGCAAAGGGGAUAACAGCUCACAUAGUCGAGAGGUUCAUUUCCGAAACCGAAGCCAAUCAUCGUCUGGUCGUCACCUCGGUAAAAAGGCAUCAACCAAGAACUUGUCUCUCAAUUCUGGGUCAGACACCACCACAGAUUUUGAUGAUAAUGUGACCGAGAUGCUUCAGCGGUCUAAACAAUACUUGACGAUUGUGUCCAUGACCUGCCAUUCUUUCCAACUCAUGAUUUCAUUGAGGAUGAAGAAGGGCUUCAUGAGAUGGCUCAACGUCACAAAUUUCAAAAUCAGCUUACCCGAAUGGACCAUCGAGCGGCAGGUGACAUCGAUGUUGGACAUAGCCAAAAUCUUCAAAAAGAUGAUCAUCAACGCAUUGCUUCUGCAUUCGACGCUGUUGAUCAAGAAUAAGUUGUCUUCUCGAGCGACUAAUGCUCGCCAGUCGUUGACUAGAAAAUCUUGA